GGAGAAGCCCCACGCCUGCGUGGAGUGUGGGAAGAGCUUCAGCCGGAGCUCUCACCUGAUCCAGCACCAGAGGAUCCACACUGGGGAACGGCCCUACGAGUGUGGGGAGUGUGGGAAGAGCUUCAGCCGGAGCUCUCACCUGAUCAGCCACCAGAGGAUCCACACUGGGGAACGGCCCUACGAGUGUGGGGAGUGUGGGAAGAGCUUCAGCCGAACUCCAGCCUGAUCAGGCACCAGAGGACCCACACUGGGGAGAAGCCCUACGAGUGUGGGGAGUGUGGGAAGAGCUUCAGCCAGAGCUCCAGCCUGAUCAAGCACCAGAGGACCCACACUGGAGAAAAGCUCUAUGAGUGUGGCGAGUGUGGGAUGUGCUUCAGCCAGAGGUAUUACCUGAUUGUGCACCAGAGGACCCACACUGGGGAGAGGCCCUAUGAGUGUUCCAAGUGUGGGAAGAGGUUUCAGACCAGCUCAAAUCUCUUCCAGCACUAUCAUAGUCACACGGAGGAGAGGCCCUUCCAAUGCCCUGAGUGUGGGAAGGGAUUCAAGCAGAAUUCCACCCUCAUCACCCACCGGCGCAUCCACACUGGGGAGAGGCCCUACGAGUGUGAUAAAUGCAGGAAGAGGUUUCAGACCAGCUCCCAUCUCCUCCAGCACUAUCGGAUUCACACAGAGGAGAGGCCCUUCCAAUGCCCCUGACUGUGGGAAGGGAUUCAAGCACAACUCCAACCUCGUCAGGCACCGGCGCAUCCACACUGGGGAGAGGCCCUACGAGUGUCCCCAGUGUGGGAAGAGCUUCUCCAGGAGCUCUCACUUGACCCAACACCAACGGAGGCACCGGUAAGGGAAGCCCUGCGAGUGCCCUGAGCGCGGGCAGAGCUUCGUGCGCUGCUCCAGCUCCAUCCCCCACUGGAGGAGGCACUUUGGGCACAGCCCUGGUCACUCACAUUCCCUGUGAUCCAUGUGGGGAACACACCUGGCUGCUUAGCCUUUUGGUUUGGCCUUAAUUUUCCUCUGCUUCACCUUCAUCCUUUUUCAUCACCUAAUUUUCUGCUUCACCUUCAUCCUUUGAAAACACUCAAAACUGGGUUAAAUGAAGUAAAUUGAUCGAAUAUAUCUGCAGUUCCGUUAUGUCUUAGUUGUUUUAGAGGGAAUUUAGGAUUUGGGGACACGUUCUGUGUGGAGUGCUGCUGUUGCUAAGAGGCAGGAAUUUGAUCUCACCCUUCUUGUGUUGCCAAGAACUCCUCCCCUGACCCAAAUCCCAACUCCACCCUUGGGAUACCCUAUAAAAAGUCCACGGCCCUGCCUUUGCCCUGUCUUUGGGGGGUAAGAAAUGGAUUCCCAGAGAAUCAGCCCUUUUCCCACUGGAUUCCAUAGGAUCAGCUUCAUUCUCCACUGUAUUCCCAGAGGAUCAGCCCUUUCCUGCUGGAUUCCCAAAGAAUCAGCCCUUUUCCCACUGGAUUCAUGCAGGAUCAGCCCUUUCCCACUGGAUUCCAAGAGGAUCAACCUGUUCUCACUGGAUUCCCAGAGUAUUCUGACUCUGUUUUUUUUUUUUUUUUUUUUGUACUACUGCAUUUGUAUUUUUAAUUUUUCCUAAUAAAGAACUGUUAUUUCU